CUCUACCAACUGAUUUUGGACAUGGAACAAAGCAUUGCCUACAUGGAGAGUAUACCCGACUUUGAGGACCGUCUGGCUCUUCUCAACUCCACAAAGGACCGCCUAGAGGCCCUGGUGGCGCCGCAGUUUAUGGAGCUGCUAGACACUCACGACUUCUCCGAGGAGGACACAAGCAGGCUUGACGCCCUGCGCCGACUGAUUGCUAUUUUCGCGGCCGUUCGACGCAGCGAUGUAGCAGUUCGCUACUAUACUUCCUGGUUCUCGAGUCGACUGAAUUCUCUCUGGGAAUUGCCCUGGGAGCGAUCUCCCUCUGACGACUCCACAGGUAUCCAUAUCAGUGCCGGCGAUGCAUCGAAAUCGUCCUCACUUGUGCGACGUGUCGUGACCUUCUUACAGUCUGCGAUCCAACAGCUUGAUGACCAGCCUUUUCUCAUCACAAAGUUGUUCUCCGAGUAG